GGUAUUAAAGUAGGACUACCUAAAACAUUAAUGUCUGCUUAGCAACUGAUCAACCAUUUCAGGGAUUGGAUAAAAACCAGUGCCAAGCCAAGUUAGUUUCACUUUCAACACCAACAAAACAGGUGAUGGAUGUAGGCUAAAUGGGAAGAUAAAAAGAGAUACGAUUUGAACGUUUGGACUAUUAUCACAUUUGUUUGUUAUUUAGUGUCAAUCCUUCGUUGCGUUGAGGUUGAGUAAUGUGAUUUCCCCUAAGACUCACUUCUUUAAUCCUGAAUAUAAACGACACAAACAAAUGAGGAACAUUCAGAUCAUGUAGUAUAAACAAAAGUGAUAAUGCAACAAAGAAGCUGACAUCAUCUGAAACAUAAUUAUGGAAUUCACCAGAAAAACAGCAUGAGUACAGACCUAUAAGCAAGGUCUUAUAAAGUAUAUACAUGUUUUAUGAAAAAUUCGUAAAUAAGCUGUUUGUGAUUUGCAAAUACAUGAAUAUGGCAGAGGCAAAAGCUGCACUGUAUUUUCCUAAAAACAGCAGACAAAUUUGCUAACAAUUAAAUUUAUUAUUGGUAUAUUGUUACUUAAUGUGAUUUCAACAAACAAGCGCAUUUCAACCACAUGUGUUUCACAUUCUUGUGCAGUUAUUAUUUGUGUCACUGCAGUAAAGUGUCACUCUUUUUUAGGAUUUUUAAAAUAUUUGUUUUAGCACAAUAUGAGCUUAACAUAGUCAUAUUAUUAAGAUAAAAAGAAGGAAGAACGUUACUUUUAGUGCUUGUAAAGCAUUGUUUUUUUCUUUAAAGUUGGUUUCAAAAGGUUAUUGUAUAAGUUAAAGCAGGGCCAGCCCAAGCCUUUACGGGCCCUAAGCAGAAUUUUAUUUGGGGGUGCCCCCAAUACAAUCGACUAUUGUCAAUGUUUGAUUAUUUGCACGCACACUUUAAACCUAACACACCCAAUUCUAUUAGUUGUAGCUGGGAUGUAGGAAUGUCAUAAAAACAUAUAAACCUUGCAUUAGUGUAUUGUGAUUGUCAAAACAUUUGAUAAUUUCAUUACUUCUAGUUUUAGGUGAACUGUCACUUUAAAUUAUGAGCACAGACCAUACAAAAGUUGUGGAAUUUAUUGUUCAGUGCAUUUAACUAUUUGCAAAGAUUUUUAUUCAUUUUGUUAUUUUAUUUUAUAAACAUUUUAAAGCCACACAGCCCUUGAGGAUGAUUUAAUCUUUUUUAUUUUUUUAAUUAGUGUAUUUACUUGAUAACCAUUAAAUUAAUUUACAAUAUGCACACAAUACCUUAUCCCAAAUAAAACGCUGAAUUGACAGAUAAUUAUAAAUUACAUCAUGUAAAUGACAUAUUUUUUUAAUCUAAAUCAGCAUUUUGUCGUUUGCAUCAGUGAAUACUGUCAGAUGUUCAUUUCUUUCUAUCUACACUAAACAAUUGUCAAAUAUUGAAUGUUUUUAGUCACUUACAGUAAGUCGCGUGUUGCACAGCACUCUUUCAACUUGCGUCUUGCUGAACAGCUGCUGAAGACGUGACAGUAGCUCCGUCUUCUUUGAUUUGAUUGGUCACUGCUCGGCUCUGUAACCAGUAACUCCCGCCUUCUUUCAUUUGAUUGGCCACCUAAAUUAUUUUGAUGUUGCAAUGUUGCAUUUAGUCAGUAAUUUCACAAAUUUUGACACACACCACAGAAACAAUAGUGGGUACGGGCCCACGUGAGAAAAUGGAUGUGUGUUGUGAAUAUAUCACAAAAAAGCUGUAAUUUCAUGUGCUCAUAGUGGCGGUGAGGUCCUAAGCAGCCGCUUAGUAUCUUUAAACAAAUUCUCUGAAAGUAUUUCUCCUUUAUGCUCCUUUUGUAAAAUUGAAGAGGAAUCUAUCUUACACUUAUUCUUCCAGUGUCCCUACUCUUGUUCCUUCUGGACUGAGAUUUCUAUUCUUUUGUUUAGUUGUUUUAACAAAUUGAUACAGAUUACUGAAUCAAUUGUUUUUAUAUCAGAAUUUUUAUCAGCUGAUGUGAAUUUUGAUCAUACGUUAAUUUUACUUUGUCUUUUGGGAAAAUUUCAUAUUCAUAAAGCCAGAUCAAUGCAUUGUAAACCCUAUUACUUUGCUUUUUCUGCUGUUGUAAAAUCCCUAUUUGCUUCUUUUCAAUACAUGUCUAAACCUCUGAAUGCUAAAGCUAUGAAAACUUUUAAGAUUCUUGGAAAUAUAAUUUCAAAACUGUGACUUUAUAACAUAGUUUGAUUAUGAUUGUUAUGUGCCCCUCUCUUCUUUUUUAUUAUUAUUUUCUUCUUUCUUUUCUUUGUAUUGUAACAUUAUCCCUUCAAUAACUUUGUUAUUAUAUUUUUCCUCUGUUUGUAUUAAUGCAUAAUAUUUACUGUUACUUGCAAUAAUUACAAUAAUAAAAAAAUAAUAGUAAAAAAAGCAGCCGCUUAGUUCUCGUAGAGGGCGGGAUUUAGAGAUAGGGACCAAUCACAAAGCAGCAUCCUAAGUGAAUGAACCAAUCAGAAGUAGGGGAGUCGUAAUCUCACGGGGAGUCGAAUUUCGGAGUUAAAGUCACUAUAGCAAACGUUAAGAAUUUGGUUUACAAAAACAAUUUCUGUUUGUGGUUUUGCUUUCCAAAUCAUCUCAAUUUGUAUGUAACGGCACCUUAUGACAGCACCCAGUAUUCACUUUUGAGGAAGUGGGCGGGGUUUGGGAAUUUCCGAGUUGUAGCAACAGGUGUCUACGCACGAGAGCACUGUUAAGUAGUUCAUGCAAUAGUGAUGAAACAAACAACCAAACACACUAGAGUCUAGACUCUAGAUGAAGAACAAUGGCAGGUAAAAUAAACCCGUCGAUGUUUCUCUUUGAUGUCCCGCCACUGCUUAUGGGCUCUUUUUGUAAACUGAUGGACAGUGGAGUCGACGGUCUCGGAUGGCGAGAUUUAGCUUCUCGCAUCCUUCCCAGUCUCCUGGAUGUGAGGUGCGUUGAAACGUGCUCGACUGGAGGGAAGAGUCCCACUCAGGAGCUCAUGUGGUCGUGGGCCCAGCAGAAUAAAACGGUGGGGGAUCUGCUGAAGGUUCUGGAUCAGAUGGGUCAUGUUCGUGCUAGGAGUCUUUUUCAGUCCAAAGAUUGGUGUAUGCUGUGGUCAUCUUCACCUCCUCUUUAUCCCACGUAUCUUACAGACAGUGAAAACUCUUUUAAACCAUCACCAGUUCAUCCACAAUCUGUGUAUGUUAAAGGUGAAAAACAGAAGUAUCUCAUCACUUACUCAGAUGUCACAGAGGGAACAAGAAAUUUUCACCAUGACUUAAAAAUUGGUGGUAGCGCUUUUGCAGAGGUCUACUGCGGAAGAUGGGGAAACAAAUCGUUUGCUGUGAAAGUUUUCAAGCAGGAAAAUAAGGCUGUUUGGAAGGGAUUGUGGGGAAAUUUUACCAAAGAGAUUGAAGUUCUACAACUCUACCAGCAUCCUCAUAUCUUGGAGCUAUGGGGCAGCUUUUCACAAGAUGAUCGAUUUUGUUUAGUGUAUCCGUACCUACAUAAUGGAUCAUUGUUUCAAGGACUUCAUGAGGAAGUGAAGAGGCCUCUGUCAUGGCAGGAGAGACUUAACAUCAUCAAAGGAACUGCGAAAGCUGUCUAUCAUCUACACACUACACAACCUUGCAUGGUUAUUUGCGGAAACAUUACAAGUUCGAACAUACUCUUGGACGAGAACCUGCAGCCCAAAUUAUCUGAUUUUGGAUUAGCUCACCUGAGACCCCACACGGUCAACCAGAGCUGCACCAUUGUCAUGGAUACCGCCUCCUGUAGCCACCUCGGCUACCUCCCAGAGGAGUACAUUCGCGAUGGCAAGCUGUCCGUCAAACUUGACGUUUACAGCCUUGGCAUGGUUAUACUAGAGACAUGUACGGGACAGAAGGUGAUACGAGAGUCUGCAAAGGGCCCGUUUUUGAGAGAUGUAGUGAGAUCAGUAUUUGAGGAGAAGGGCUGCGUGGAUGCCUGUCUGCGGUUCUUGGAUCCCAAAGUGGAACAUUGGCCUCCUUCUGUGGCUCUUUGUCUGUUCCGAAUCGGCAUAGAGUGCACAAGCAGCAGAAUGCGAGUCAGGCCCGGCAUGGAUACUGUGCUUGAGAUGUUGAGCCAACUUCUUACAAUCCCUGCACCUCCUGAGGACCAACCACAUACACUGGAUGAUAGGAUCUCUCUUCAGGCACCCUACGGUGCCCAUGGUCUUGCUGUUAGCAUGCCUACAGAAGACGAUGAAUUAUACAGCCCCGUGGAGGAACAUGAAGCUCGCAAAGUCAGCAGACUGGCGGGACCUUGCGAGUGCAGUCAGUCCGAGGUGACUUUCCUGAGUGUCGGAGAACGUUGCUCCAAUGAAUCCCUACUGGAAAGUGACAAUGCGUUUUCAGCAGCACAUAGUUUACAAUCAGACGUUUCUCAUGCGGAUUUAUAUGGGAGUUGGCCUGUGGAGUGCAGCUGUACCGCUGACGCAGAAGCGCAGGGAUGCGAGGACUGUUGCGCUAAUGGCUUCAAUAACUCUGUCAUAUGUGUCACUAUAGAUGAUGGUGACCAGUCCUUUCAGGAUGAUAUCAAAAAUCCAGCAAAAGAGAAGAUAAGGAAUAAAAUUCACCUGUACAACCAAGGGUUGAUAAAAACAGAGGAACUUCUCUCUCUAAAGUCAGACUGAUGCAUUCAAUAAAUGGGUCUUAUAUUUAUAUUAAAAUGGACUUAAAGAGAUUUUAAUAAGUGUACUAUACUUAAUAAACACAUUUAUAGUACUAUACCACAGUGAAGCUCUCUAUCCAGCAACUAAGCAGACAUGUAGAAUGUUUGAUGUAAUUUAUGAAGAAAAUUAUGUGCAGUGUUGUCUUUAUUUUAUAUAAUUAAAUAACAUGUAAUAAAUGACAUGAAUAAAUAAUAAAUGUUUCUUAAGGUAGUUUCAUUGCAGAUACAAAUUGUAUUAAGCAUGAUUAAUCUGUUCAUUCAAAUAAAUUAAGGCGUUCCCACAUGCUGGGUUUUU